AAAACUUCCUCCUGCGAGGGCGAACCCAGCUGCUCGUCCCGAAUGGCCACCGUCGGUGUGAACGGCGGCGAAAGGUCUUUUAAGAGAGGUCCAGGCUGCCUGAAUUUUGGAUGUGACAUGAAGAAGCAUCAAGAUACAAGUGGUCGACACGAACUUGCAGAAAAGGAGCAGCAGCAUUCAUGGAUAUGGUUGACACCUUUAACCAUUUGAUUCCCAGUGACCAGUUGGAAGACUCACUGACACUUGGGCAGAACUUGGAAAGUGAAGCAAGCGAUGAGUUUGGAACGAAUCAGCAUUUGCUUGGGGACUCUCUGAAGAAUAUGCUUAGUGACAAAGAUCCUAUGCUUGGAUCUGCGAGUACUCAAUUUCAUAUCUUGGAUAACGAAGAUGGUAGCUUUGACAUUGCCGAUACAGCAGAUUUAGAGAUAAUGAGUAAGUCCGAAGGUGCCACGAGAGGUCGUCUGGGUGGUCCCAAGGGGCAAAAAGGAAAGCCAAAAGGUGGCUCUCGCUCACCAAAGAAAUCUUCAUGUGCUGUGGAGCAAGUGGCACUUUUUUCCCCUCCAGAGCCUGAAAAACGCAGAAAUUCACAAAACAGACGCUCCUCAGCUGGAAGCAAGCCGGCUAGUAGCAAACCCCCUGGAACGCCUGCCAUGAAAAGAGCUAAAAAGCAGCAAGAGGAACCGACUGAAGGUCAGGAGGACCAGGAAGAUGCCCCCUUGGAUACCAAAGAACCACUGAAAAGUGUGGCAGGAUACAAGGUUGGCCCAUCCAUGAACCCUGUUGUGGUGUUGAAACGUUUGACUGUUACUGUGGGGGGAUACAAAAUUGAGCUUCUUCCAGGACCUUCAAAAGCACCUGCAACUGACAGCAGCACUGUACCUUCUUUAGAUUUCCCAGAGAGUACAGCCUAUACUACAGAAGGCUUGGACUUUUCAGGGACACAUGAUGAAACUGCAGUUGUGCCAAGCUCUAGUGUAGAAGCAGUAGAAAAUUUGAGCUCUGUCCAAGAUGUUGGCACGUGCUGCACAGAUGCGCCUUCGGAACUAGGACCUUAUGUUAACCCCAAUGAAGUGCAGGAUGGCUCUGGGAUGCUGUUAAACAAACUUGAAAGCACUCCUGAGACUGAACAACAUGAGGAAAUGGAUUCAGAGCAGCCAGAUUCAGGUAACAUCACCAUGCCUAGCAGUGGGAGCAGAGAUGGAGAAGAAACUGUCCAUCCCAUGCCAACCAACAAAUCAGGAGCACUUGGUACAUCUACUGGAAAAGAAAGCAAGGAGCAAAAGGGUCCGGCUAACAAGAAGAUAAAAUCAAAGUCUUUAGUGUCUCCUGCCAAGCAUAACAACAUGGCACCUAAUAGUUCAAACAGAGCAGGAACAGGGUUGAAGACACCUCUUCCUAAUAAAACAGUCAGAAGUGACACCCAGAAUAGUCCAUCGCUCAAAGUUAAGCCAGUCCCUGUCGCCAAAAGACGAGCGGAGCAUCUCAAAACAUACCCGCCUUCCAAAAUGCAGAGGAUGCAGGAGAAGCAGCCAGUCAAGCAAGAUCUGGGGCUUAAAUCACCCGAUGCAUUGAAUGUUGGGGUUAAAAGGCCUCUCCUGCCAAAUGUCAGUCCAGACGGAGCCCGGAAGCAUCUACCUGGAAUGCAGGCCAAAAAUUCCAAGUCCCCAUACUCUCAGCUUGGGUCAAGACCACAGAACCUGCCAGCAACCAUGGCUAAACCUGUCCACCCCCCAAGCCAGCUCUCGGAGGAGGAUGAUCAAGAGAAGCUCAAGGCAAAAAAGCUGGAGAAGGUUAUGCAGAGACAGAGAAGCAAGAGUACUCGAAGCCUGUCAUUGGAUGAGCCACAGCUCUUUAUCCCAGAUAAUGCUCCUGUGGUCAAGAAGGAAGCUCAUGAAGCUGAAGAUGCUGCUGAGAGUGAGGCUGUUUGGGAUCCCAGCAAGCACUGUGGCUUUUGCAAGAAGCCCCACUCCAACAGGUUCAUGGUGGGCUGUGGUCGUUGCGAUGACUGGUUCCACGGGGAGUGUGUUGGGCUUGACCUGGCCAAGGCCCAACAGAUGGAACAGGAAGACCAAGAGUAUGUGUGUCUUAAGUGCUGUGCUGAAGAGGAUAAGAAAGUUGAGUCUGAGACUGAUGGACCAUCUCCUGCAGAAGGACAAGCUAAACUUGAAUCCCAGGAGAACAAGUCUGCUUAUAAACAUGAGAAGCUCAAACACCAAGUGUCUGCUCCGGCAGGAGAACGACAUUUCAGAAAGCAUUCUGGAGAAAGAAAGUCUGUAGAAGAUCCUGAAAGCAGAAUGGUGGCGGUGCCUGAACUGAAAAGUGGCGUCACAAGACAGUCGUACAAGUCAGGGGAGUCAGCACAGAAAAGUGGUGCGCAGGAUCGGCAGGGAACGAAAAAAACAAAGUCUCCUUCUGCGUCCAAGAUACCCUCUGUUGAGCAGAUUAGGAAGAACGUCCGGGAGUCCCUGAAAGACAUCCUCCUAAAACGACUUAAUGAAUCUGACUUGAAAGUUUCUGCAGAAAGGGCUUCUCACGUUGCCACAAAAACAGAGAAAGAACUGUUUGCCUUCUUCCGGGACACAGACAGCAAAUACAAGAGCAAGUAUAGGAGCCUGAUGUUCAACCUCAAAGACGCUAAGAACAAUGUUUUAUUUAAGCGUGUUCUGAAAGGUGAGAUUUCUCCACACCAUUUAAUCCGGAUGAGUCCUGAAGAACUGGCCUCUAAAGAACUGGCUGCCUGGAGACAGAGGGAGAAUCGGCAUACAAUUGAAAUGAUAGAAAAAGAACAGAGAGAGGCAGACAGGCGACCCAUCACCAAAAUCACCCACAAAGGUGAAAUCGAGAUUGAAAACCAGGAAACAGUCAAUGAGCCUGAAGUUAUUGAUGUAGAGCCUGAGCCGCCGUCAAAAGUGAAUGAAGAACCAGAAAUGGCACCACAAGAACUAGAGUGGGAGAGCACUAAGGAUGCUAAAGAUACAACAGCACACCACAAGACACAUCUUUUUGACCUUAACUGCAAGAUCUGCACAGGACGAAUGGUUCCACCUGUUGAGGACACAACCACCAAAGUUGUGAAGGUGGCUACCACAGUUGCACGGAGGCAGUCCAGCACCGAUGGAGAGGCUCAGAACGUAGUCCCUUCUCUGGGAGAUGAACUGUCUCUCAGUACAGUGGAAGAAAUCCUUUCCAAUCCUAAGGUUUUCUCCCCUGUAGACGAGAGAUCAAGUGGCAAGGAAGAUGAGACCACGUUCCUGGCUCGUCUGGAAUCUCUGUGGAAGGGUUUUGUCAAUAUGCCCUCUGUGGCCAAGUUUGUUACAAAAGCAUAUCCGGUUUCAGGUGCUCUGGAUCACUUGACCGAGGAUUUGCCAGACAGCAUCCAGGUUGGUGGGAGGAUCUCGCCGCAGACAGUGUGGGACUAUGUGGAAAAAAUCCGGGCUUCUGGAACAAAAGAGUUGUGUUUGAUUCGCUUCACCCCCGUGACUGAGGAAGACGAGAUUUCGUACACUCUCCUGUAUGCCUACUUCAGCAGCCGUCGACGUUAUGGGGUGGUGGCCAAUAACAUGAAGCAGGUGAAAGACAUGUAUCUCAUUCCACUGGGAAGCUCUGAGAAAAUCCCACAUCAGCUCGUUCCUUUUGAUGGUCCAGGGUUGGGAACAAACCGGCCAAACAUUCUCCUGGGGUUAAUAAUUAGACAGAGGGUCAAAAGGGACUUUGGUGCAAUAAUGCCCGUGGACAUUCCUGAAGCUUCCAUUGCUAGGCUCCCUCUUGAGAACCGAGCAAAGUUUGAUUCCAGUAGUGAGGCUGUAGGCCUUAAUGAGAAGGACUAUUUGAACACUCUGAAAGUAACACGCACCACGGAAACCGUAAAGUUGCAGCAGUUGGCCACAUGUGAGGACAGGCCGCAGAAGCAUUCCGUGGAGGAGGAAGAGGCCAUUUUAUCCACAGAUGCGAGCUUACAAGAGGCAGCUAAACCGCUGCGCUUUCUGCCCGGUGUGCUGGUGGGUUGCGAGGGCCAAGAUGCAACAGGAAAAUCUUCAGCCACAACUGAUGUUCCUCAGAGCUUACUUGUCAGCGCAGAAAAAGAAGGGGACAAAUCGGCCACAGCCGGUGAAGAGGCAGGCAAGGGCAACGGCAAUGGCAGGAGCCCAGUUUCCGGAGGUUUGCGGCUGGAUCGCUUCAUUAUAAAGAAGAAAGAACCAAAACCAGCAAACCUUGAGUCACAGUCAUCAAGCAGUCUGCAUAAAGCACUUGGUGCAGAUGACUCAGGGGGUAAAGGAAAUGUAGGGGACUCAAGCAAUGCCAGCUUAGCAGCAUCUGUGAAAGAGAUACCACGUAUUUCAAGGGAGGAGCAAAAAAUACCUGUAGGUGAAAUACAAGAUGUUUCUUCAAGUAAUUCAGACUGUUUGAGCAAACAAAAGCUGCCAGAGGUUCCUGUGACUGUGUCAGAUGCAGUUGUCGGAUCGAGUGUAACUUACAAUCCCAAAAGUCCAGUAAAGAGCCCCGGGCAGCCUGUGAGUAGAAUUCUGAAAACCAGUAUGACGUCCUCUACUCCUGAAGAGCACGAUGUUUCUGAUUCCAAAUGUGAGAAAGUGGAAGAGAGCGGUGCUGGGCAGGAGAAGGUAAGCUCCACUAGCCAAUAUGUUGCAGAGGAACACACACUUGCCCCAACAACAUCUGAACACACAGAUGAGCUUCAAACUGAGCUCCAUCCAGCAGGGGAGGUCCAAAGUAUCGGCACCAUCAUAUCUUUUGAUGCGUCACGGUCCAGUUGUCCUCCCACCACACCGGCAGCUGUGUUCUCCGAAGUGCAACCAGCAGUCCAGGUGUUUCCUCCCGCUCCUGUUGUCACUGCAGGAUUCCCAUACCAGCAACCCCCAGCUGUAGGUUUACAGGCCCAAAACAGCAUAGCACCUCCAUUCCCAGGCCUCCACCAGCAGGCCAUUCCAGGUUUUAGUUACUCCAGCCCUCCCCCAGUUGGAUUUCCCCUGCCGGGUCCUUCAGGUUUACACAUGAAUGCGCCUUGGCCUCCACCUGUGCCUCCAGCCAUGCCGCCUCCUGCCAGCAAUUUCCCGCCAUCGCAUCAGGUGCUUCCUGGGCUUCCCUUACCAUUUGAACCUUCUAGCUAUGCAGAGAUGACAAAGCCUGCGACUGCGACCAAAGAGAAGGGACCAGAGCAGGAGUACAGUGACCCUUGGGAGAGGCAGCCGAAGCAGACCGAGGCCGAUUGGCACAAGCGGGACAGCGGCGACAACCACGGUAGGCGGAAACAGCACAGCGAGUCCCACCACGAGCGGAAGAGCAGGCACCAUGAGCGGGAGCAUGGUAAACACCGGGAGCGCAGCCACAGCCGUGAGCGCAGGAGCGGGGAGCGCCACCACAGCCACGAGAAGCACAAAGACGAGCGGCGGCACCGAAGCCACAGCGAUAGUGAGCGCCACCCAGAAAGGAGGAAGGACAGGCAUCACGACGAUGAGAACAGGCGCAACGGGGGCAGGGACAAGAUCCGAGACAGGGACAAGGACAGGCACAGGAGAGAGUCUGACUAUGACAGAGGGAAGAGAAGUUGAAUCAGGUCAAGACGCUCUGCCACAUGAUUGUUCCAGCUUCCUUGUACAUAUUAGAACAUGGUCAGUGCUGACGUAUCCCUCAGAAUCAUUUCACGUUGAAGAUGUUAAAUUUUUGAAUAUUCAGUUUUGUAAAUGGUUGUACAUUUGUAGUUUUUUUAAAACAAAAAUACUUUAUAAAUUUCAAUUAGUAAAUUUUAGAGAUGAAAAUGAAAAUUUUAAGAUGCCACCAGAGGUGGCGAAAGCUUUAACGCAUGAAGAUGUAGCUUGAGUGUGUUCUUUACACUGUUUGUACACAGAACACAUUGUUAAGCAGUUUGGUUAAGAAGGAUCUAUGCUGUUAAGAGAAUAGACAAUUUCUUUUUGCGAGGGAUGUGCAAAAAUAUAUUAAGAAAAGCAAACUUGUAAGUAAUUUGUCUGAUGAUUUCAAAAGUUUUUAAAGUAAAC